AUGGCAAUGGAGAUCUCUUCGGAGGAGGAAGCGGCACCGGAUGCCGUCGGCUCUUCCCUCGGCCUGCAAGCUUCUCUUCGGCGGUUCUUCCAGCCCUCUCACCCAGAAGCUCAGAAGCCAGUGCGGUUCCUUCCCGGCAAGCAGGGCGGUCGGCCCCUCUCUCGCGAGAUGAAGCAGAUCAUCGCUCAAGUAGCUGAAAAGCAAGCUCUCGAACAGAAAGCUCUCGACGAAGCUUUGAUAGCUCGAGAGAGCGAAGUGCAAAGCAAGAAGCGGUACUACGGAGGCCGCCCCAAAGGCAGGAGCUCUGGGAGAAGCGAUCUCCCAGUUGCCGUGCGGGCAGCUCUCGUGCAGGAGAUGGAACUCGCUGUUGCAGGCGACCGCUUCUCUGACGAAACGGAGUUCUUCAGUUACUUCGCCAAGAAGUUCGCUCUGCCGAAGAAGCGAGUCAAGACUCUGUGGCUGCAGCGGAGCUUGGUCAAGAAGACCUCUCAAAAGAACAAACUCUCACGCAAACCCCACCGCUACACUGGUGCCAAGGGCACCAAGAGGUCGCAUCUCAAGCGUGCGUACAGAGGCUUUCGUCUGCCAGGAGCGGGUCGGAAGCACUCUUUCCCCGACUUGGUGGACAAGGCUCGUGAGUGGUUCAACGAGAUGCGCUCUUACGGGAACCAGGUGCUUCGAGUGGACCUCUACAACUACUACAUCCACCUCAUGGAGAUGGACAAGAUACGGGUGCAGGCGGAUCUCUCUGAUCCGAAGCUGCUGCAGCCAAAGCGGACGCCUCUGCAGGUGAGGCUCUCGGAGCUGGACAAGCAGCUGGCCUCUCAGAAGAAGAGCGACAAAGCCAAAGAGUCUCUGAAAGGUCGUCUCGAGAAGUGGUGCUCUGCAAGGAACUUGAGGCCUCACCUCGUCACCAAGCUCACGCCUCUCCAAGAGCAGUCGAGAUGCCACUUGACGUGGCAAUCUUUCGACAGGGCUCUCUGGCUUGCUGCCUGCUCUGACGAGGAGACUCUGGGGAAGCACGUCUCUAAGCCAAAGCAGUUCUUGGAACACAGAGCCUCUCUCGCGAUCCUUUUCGCCGAUCAAAUUCCGCUCUGGAUAAAGGCGGGUGCCGAGAGGUCUCUCUUCGCCGAGUGGGAGCGAAAACCCACCUCUCAGGCGGCUCUCCGGCAGGACUUGGCUGCUCUGCACGACAAGCAACUCUCUGGGCAGGCGGACGUGGACUCUGGUCUGGUUGUGCAGCACCCAGACUCUUCCGGAGAGCCUCUCGCGGACCGCUUCCGCCUCACUUACGAAGCCCGGCAGGUCUUGUUGAACUACAACUCUCCGGGAACGCCGCCGACUGGCCUCUGUUACAAAGGUCUCAUCAUCAUCAGCGGGCCUCAUGCCAGACUCUCGAACAUCUCUCAAGACGGCAAGUGGCUCUGCGAUGAGACCUUUGAGUGGAGAGGGAACCUUGUCUCUCACAAGAAGGGCACCUCUGUUGGCAGGCUCAUGGAGCCAUGGAGAGCUCUGCGAGCCCAGAAGCCGCACCUCUUUGAGCACGUCUCUGUGAUGAUGCAACCGAGCUCUAAUGCCGACAGCAUCAUACUCUCCUGGGUGGCCCAGGAACUCUCAGAGGCGUUUCCAGCUCUGCUGGUGCAGAGGGACUGCCUGGGAGCCUCUUUCACAGAGUCUGUCUCUGGUGCCCACUUCCUCUCGCAUGCACUGGUCUUUCUGUUUUUGUUUCGAGCUCUCAACUCCCAAACCCAUUCUGAGGACUUCUCUCGCAGAUUCAAGUCUCUGUGCCGCACCUCUAUGGCGGAGAGGAGGUCUCUGGGCCAGAAGGCUCUGACAGAGAGCGGCAAAUCCUCUGUCUGGGCUGCCUCUGUGGAGGACAUCUGCGAGACCAUCGUCUCUGCUCAGAAAGCCUGUGCCGAGGAUGCCUCUGACUGGGUGCUCUCAGGGCUUCGGCGGAAUGGCAUGCUGGCCUACCGCCCUCUCGACGGCAAGCUCCAGCCGGCGGAGCUCUCCACGCCCUCUUUCAAGGACCUGCCGCAGGGCUCUGCAAGACUGCGAAGCGAAUGGCUGGAACCACGCUUUGGCUGGGUGCAGGAUGGAAUCCCCUCUGAACCAGACUGGUCUCUGAUUCCUGGCACGGCCGCUGCCCAGGAGCUCUUGGACUGGGACGUCGCUCACGGCGACAAGAACUCUGCAUCUCUUCUCAAAUCAGCAUAG